AUGGUGGGGCAAAGGAAUCAAUACACUCCCCCGGAGGAGGAGUGCCUGCUAGGUGACAGGUCCGAGCCGAUACCUCACAAGUCAUCUCCCACAUGGAGAAGGCUACGCAUCAUAGCCGUCAUCACAGCUAUCCUCAGUGCUCUUGCCCUGGGCCUGUUAUAUAUGACGAACGAGUACGAACCCUCAUCUGGGAGCGUGGACGUGGAAAGUAGGAAUCCUGACCAGCCAUUGGUUGCGUCGUAUAGGUCCAAGAAACAGGUCGUGCACCGUCCCCAUGGCUGCAACACCGUUCGUAGCGGCUACGAGUGUUUCUCCGAUAUCUCCCACCGCUGGGGCCAAUACUCACCUUACUUCUCACUGGCUGAGGAAGGUAUCUCCGACGCCGUUCCACAACAGUGCGAUGUCACCUUCGUGCAGGUACUUUCCCGCCACGGCGCACGGUACCCCACCGCAUCCAAGAGCAAGAAGUAUGCAGAGCUCAUAGAGGCCAUUCAGGCCAACGCCACCGCGUACAAGAACAACACCGCAUUCCUGCGCUCAUACAACUACACGCUCGGCAGCGAUGAUCUCACAUCCUUUGGCGAGCGCGAAAUGGUCAACUCAGGCAUCAAGUUCUACGAGCGCUAUGAAGCUCUAACGCGUGACAAUGUCCCCUUCGUCCGGGCCUCGGGCUCCUCGCGCGUGAUAGAAUCAGGAAACCUCUUCCUCAAGGGAUUCCAGCACACAAAGCACCAAGACAAAAAAGCUCUGCACGCGCAGGCUGCACCAAAAGUUAACGUCGUCAUCUCCGAAGAUGCUGGCUCAAACAAUACCCUCAACCACAACACCUGUCCGGCAUUUGAAGCCAGCACCGUCGGCGACGACGUCACAGAUAACUACACCGCUAUCUUCGCGCCGCCCAUCCAAGCUCGUCUCCAGUCUCUCCUUCCAGGCGUCAUCCUCUCCCUCGAUGACGUUACUUACCUCAUGGACAUGUGCGCUUUCGACACCAUCUCCGACACGGUCGACGGGAGCAGGAAAUCUGAUUUCUGUGCCCUCUUCACCUCGUCCGAAUGGUCGCAGUACAAUUACUACCAGACCCUGGACAAGUACUACGGCUACGGUGCCGGAAACCCAUUGGGCCCAACCCAAGGCGUUGGAUUCGUCAACGAGCUCAUCGCGCGUUUAACACGGACUCCCGUGCGUGAUCACACCUCUUCAAACCACACGCUGGAUAACGGACCCGGUGCUGCGACUACAUUCCCGUUGAACAAGAAUAUCUAUGCAGACUUUACCCAUGAUAAUGGCAUGAUUCCCAUUUUCUUUGCGCUGGGCCUGUAUAACUCUACUGCGACUUUACCUACCACUCAUAUCCAGUCGGAUAGUGCUGCGGAUGGAUUCUCUGCUGCAUGGACUGUGCCGUUCGGAGCACGGGCAUAUAUUGAGAUGAUGAAGUGUACUGCGGAGAAGGAGCCGUUGGUGCGGAUCUUGGUUAAUGACCGGGUCGUUCCCUUGCAAGGGUGUGAUGUUGAUGCGCUGGGUCGUUGCAAGAAGAGUGAUUUCAUUAAUGCGCUGAGCUUUGCUAGGGAAGGUGGCGAUUGGGCCAGUUGCUAUUAG